UGUUGAGGACAAAAUGAUUCUUGGAUAUUGAUCAUUGUUCUCGUCGUAUUUUUGUUUGUUUGUGAUUGUUCUUGAAACGUUGCUGCCACCCCAAAAAACUCUUUUUUCUGACAAAAAAAAUGAUGAUCCUUUUCCUCAUGACUUUGUGCCUGACCAGCACAUUAGGCUUGGCUGAUGUUAAAGAAACCAAUGGACCAUCAUCAAGUGCAAUGCCGUUGAUUACAACAUCGGCUGAAAUGUUAGCACAACCAGUGUCCAGUGCACAAACAGCCGAACAAGUUACAGCAGCAAUCAGUUGUUAUGUAUGUACUUCGAAAAAUGAUACGGCCUGUUUUGAUGAGAAAACAUUGCGAAAAGAUCAUAUCCAUGAAUGUCAUCCAGUUAAUGGUCAACAAAGUAUUGGCUGCUGGCGUUUAGAACAAUGGGUUAUCUAUGAUGAAACUUCGGAAUUGAAAGCUCAUGAUCGAAUUAUUCGUGGAUGUGCAUAUAAAAAACAAGAACAUGCAUGUAUCUAUCGUAGCGGUUUUGGUGGUAUGAUUUCUCAUUGUCUCUGUAAUAGUACUGCUUGUAAUUCGGCCAUGACAAUGUCGACGGUUACACCGAUCAACGCUUUCUUUGUUCUAUUUUCAACAUUGUUAUGCAUUGUUACCAUCAAAUCAUUCUUUUAAAAUAAUUCUUUAAACUGAACAAAUUAUUAUCGAUUGAUUAAUUGAUUGAUUGACGAUUCUCUGAUCCAUUAAUAAACCCAAUAUUAUAUAUUGUU